AUGCAGCACUACUGGCGAGCACACCUCUAUCAUACGAGCUUCUUGCUGGCUCAGCCGGUAUAUCUAGCUGUGCGAUAUUUCCUGGGCUAUGAACCGUUCAGCUCCACGCGCACCACUAACCUGACCAUUCACUCUCUCGUAUGGUUAUUCAUCGUGAACUGGAUUAGCAUACCAUUCUUUACCUCACCGUUGCUUCGAGUACCAUCGCCACGGGGUGAAAAGCUUCUGACCGGCCAUUUCAAGUGGUCUUCAAAACCACCAACCAAGAUCUUCGAGAAUUUCAUCAACGACUCGCCAAAUGACGGGCUCCUUGUCAUAUGGGGACCGCUAUAUCUCCUUAACGAAGUCAUCCCAACCCGGCCGGACACACUCAUGGAAAUGAUGAAUUCCCGAAAUUACGACUGGGAGAAGCCGCCGAUGACCAGGAAGUUCAUCAGCUCGAUCCUCGGCGAGGGUCUCACGAAUGUUGAAGGGGCCAAGCACAAAGCCAUGCGACGAGUUCUGGCACCUGCUUUCUCUGGCCGACAAGUACGGGAUCUGGCGCCUCUCUUUCUCACCAAAGGGUCCGCCCUGACGGACACGAUGGCCCGCCUUCUGACAGAAACGGAUGAUGGGGUAUUAGAGGUAACACGGCUAACAUCUCGGAUCAGCCUCGACAUUAUUGGUGCUGCGGGAGUAGGGAUGGACUUCAACACGAUCGAGCACGAGGAUUCAGUUCUGGCCAAGCUCUAUCAUGAGGUUAUGCAUCCGCCUGCGCAUUUCCUAGCCAUCGAUACCUUGUUCCCACGUUUCCUCACCAGGCCUCUGAUGGGCCGAGGAUUUGCGAGGAUCUUCGAAGCACAGUCAGAGCUGCGCGCGAAGGUCCGUGGGCUGCUCCAGGAGAAGAUGACACAGGAAAACAUAGGAGCAUCGGCGCAGCCCCGCAAAGACAUCAUGGCAGGCAUUAUGAGAUCAGGGGAUUUCUCGGAUGAUUACUUGAUGGGCCAGUUGCUCACCAUCCUCGCUGCAGGCCACGAUACCGGCGCCUCCGCCCUGUCCUGGGCUCUCUUAGUCCUCUCGCAGCACCCGCAGAUCCAAGAUAGGCUCCGAGCCGAGUGCGAGGCCCAACUAGCCCACAUCCCCAGCGAAGAAGUCACAGCCUCUCUCUUCGACGCCGAAACCACCCCAUUCCUGACAGCCGUCUGCGAAGAGACUCUACGCCUCUUCUGCCCGGUCCCAGUAACUCCCCGCCAGGCCGCCGUCACCACUACCCUCGGGGGCGUUACCAUUCCCAAAGGCACCCAAGCCACCAUCAGCCCCUGGGCCAUCAACCACAGCCACGCGCUCUGGGGUCCGGAUGCCCACAUCUUCAACCCUGCUCGCUGGCUCGCCGACAGUAGCCCCCGCGCGCCUGCCGACGGCGGCGCCACGAGUCCCCACGCCUUCAACACUUUCCUGCACGGCCCACGCAGCUGCAUAGGCCAGAGCUUUGCACGCCUCGAGCUCAAGUGCCUUUUGGCGGCGCUGGUGCUGCGCUUCAGCAUGGAGGUCGCUGAACCAGACCAGGAGGUCGAGAUCGGCGGCUUCAUCACCAUCAAGCCGGCGGACGGCUUGAAGCUGAGGCUGCGUGACCUCAAGGCUGAGUAG